UCAUGUAUAUAUAUAUUUGUUCUAACAUGCUCUGAUACUUUAUGUGAAUCUAGGUAGUCAAUAUAUUUUUUCUUCUUUGUAUAUUUUUUGGACUAGAUCUUGUACCAAAAUUUUGCAUCAAGAUUUUGCAUUAAUACGGAACCUUUCAGAGUGUAUAAGCUUUAUAUUCCUUAUAUAUGACUAAUUAUAAUGGAAAUGGAAUUGCACCCCCCCUGUAUAUUCGAAGUGUGUUAGUGCCUGCUAAUGAUGUAUGAAUGAAAAGGCCAAUUUAACUCUAUCAUUGUUUUCUGUGUUUUUAGACAAAAAAAAAUUGGUUAGCUAUCUAUAGAUCUGCUACAAUUACCAAGACUUAGCAGUAAUGGAUUUUGCUCCAGAUUUUUCAGCUGUAUUGUUUGAUAAGGAGUCAGUUAAGAAGCUCAAUAUGCUGUUGUCUCCAGCAAAUGCUCUGGAGAAAGAUGUACGAAUGCUGUCUGGGCUUCUUGGAUUUUCGUGUGAUGAAGUUCGUUACAUUUUCAACAAACAAUAUCCAUUUGUGUAUAUGCUUGAUCAGUGGAUUAAGCGCAAUAUGGAUGAAGCAACAUUAAAACGUUUACAUGCAGCUAUUGUGGAACUACAAAGGCCAGAUGCAGCAGAGAUUGUUGAAAAAGUUGUAUUAGAUCUAAAUGAACGAAACCCAAAAGAAAUAAUGUACAUCGUUGAAAAGCAUAGAAAUCAAUUAAAAAGGUCGACUUCUACAAGCACGUUGUGCACUACAAGGUAUCCAGGAAGACAGUCGCCACCACCAGCGUAUGAGGCAAGACAAGCCAAUGAAUUUGAUCCACAUUAUCUUGCACGGCAAGACAAGCCACCUUUACGUUCUACCAAUUCUGACGAAGCACCAAACGUGUUUGUUGUUUACUUCCCCGACCACGAAAAACACACGAAAAACAUAACAAGAUUUAUAAAAACAUUACGCAAAUCAGGUGUCAACGCCACAGCUGAUAUGUUCGAAUCAACGAAAUCUGCUAACGAUCGUGGUUUUUAUAUUUAUUCAAAAUUGAUUGAAGCAGAAUACGUUUUUGUGGUUUGCAGUCCUUUGUUUUUGGCAGCGUAUGAAGAUGUAACUUCUUCUCAGGAGCCAACCUCUGAAAAAGUGAAGGAAGUUUCUUUUAUUAUGAAACUUAUUUUGGAUGACAUUUUUGACAAGGCUGGUGUGAAUGCGAAGUAUAUACCGGUAUUGAUGCCGAAGCAUAAUGAGGAGCAUGUCCCAAGGAUACUGCAAGGCUCCACCAUCUACCGAAUGCCAAUCGACUAUGAGGAUUUGAAGAGGCGCGUGUUUAAAGUUGAGAAGUACAAGCUCGCACCGAUGCCUGCGAAGAGGCCGAAUUUGAAGCCGAAAGAAAUCGGCAAUGGAUUUGGCCUGUUGAAACUUUCCUUGUCUUGAUAUAUGUUCAUUGGAAUGAAGAGGUUAUUUUUUAGGAAACUUAAAUGAAACGUCAUUGGUUCUUAAGUAUAAAUAGGACGCGUGGUUCUCUUCGAAUACAUCAGCUGUGUUGUUAGCAAUGUGGAUACUGCCUGGCGGUGUAAGUUGGUCUAAGUUAGCACCAUGUUGUCCUUCCGUUUAAAUUUAUAUAUAUGGACUGUCAUUUUUCAGGAUCAAUUUAAACUGUAGUGUAUAUAAGUUCAGGAUUGUGUGAAACAGGAGCAAACAGCGUUAGUCUGAAAAUUUUACACGAUGUAUUUGACGUUGAUAUGUUCUUCUGUUAUUUUAAUGGCAACGAAAAAGUUUCAAAGUUGGGUUGUCUAGCGGAUGCUUUGAGUGCACGUGUUUUUUUAUAAGCAACCUUAGCAACGCGAUACAUUAGUUACUAGAAAAUUAUCCGAGACAUAUUAGAAAUAUUGCUUACACAAAAGUUGAAAAAUAAAAAUCAAAGAUUAUUUGUUUGAUUUAUGUCAAAUUUCUACCUCAUGCACGCAUUUUUUAUAAGUACGGUAAUAUUUCUUCGAAACAGAAGUUAAACAUUUGUUCGUACUAAAUGUGCUUGGAAUUUUUUUAGAUUUAUUAGUACAUUUGCAUAUAAAGUGUUUGCCUUUAGAAGAAUGCGUGCCCUCAACUUAAAAAUGUAUUAACUAAUUAUGCAGAAAUAUACUUGAUAAAUCUGUUGCAAUGAAAUUGUUACAGGAAGGUAUGCUUAAAUGGCGAUGUCUAUAUGAAUAUACAUUCUGGAAUUAAAAAAAUUGAUAUGCUUGUUGGAAUUUGUACUGCAUAUUUCGUGUCUGUUGAUCUAAGUAAGACUUGUUUAUUGAGAUUAGGGUAACUUGCUUUAGUGCCUGUAUAAAAAUAUACUCAGAUUUAAGCAUUAGAAAAUUAAAAUACUAAUUUUGAGUAUUGCUGGUGGUCCAAAUGGGAAAUAAUUCGAUUUGAAAGAACUACUCGGAAUUACAAGCUGUGGAAUGAACAUGACUUUUUCUGCAUUUUCUUACUGUUUUUUCUAUUCCCUUAGGAGUUUCUCCCAAUAUUCUGUUUAUUUCAUUUUUACCUUGACAUAAUAUUAUGUACACACAUACCAAAGAGUACCCAAAUGUCUCGGUAUUAUCACUAAACAACAACCCAGCUGGAAGUGAAUCAAGUUAAAAAAAAAGGGAAAACCAGAAAUCAUAAAAAACACGAUGGUUUUUCGAAUUUAUCUUGUUCCAAAAAGUCUUGUAAAGUUCCUAUCUAAUUAAAUUGAAUUUUGAUUGACGCCCUAACUGAGCAAGAAAAAAAGGUAUAUUGAGCCUUCUAAAGGAGGUAGUCAACAAGCAACGGUUAAACCUUGAAAGUACAUAAAGUUAGGUAACAAUGAGCCUCAGAAAUUUGUGCUGUAUCUGAGUAAAUUAAAUAUAUUUAGAAGUUAAAUUGUAAAUGAUUCGUCAUUUUAUUUUAGUAAUGUUUAGAAAUCAUUCGCUAUAUUGUAAAUUGCAGAAUAUACACUACGAAUACACGUUGUUUUAAAACGUU